CGCGGCGUGCAUGUAUUUGUGAUAGAUAAAGAAGUCUUUCAUUUCAGCAAUUGUGGAGUUUCGUCGGCCCAUGGAAUCUGCUAUUGCUGUGCCUAAUCAACGUUUUAACUGGUAAGAUGGGGACGUUAUCUGUACCAAGUGACAAAAAAUGUUUGUUAAUCGAUUGUGACCCCGGUGUGGACGACAGCUACGCUAUCAUGAUGGCUUUAGCUCAAUUCCCAAAAGUUGAAGUUGUUGGAAUCACCUGUGCAAAUGGAAACGUUGGAUGUCGCCAAGUGACGAUGAACGCCGCCAGAAUUUUGAAGCUGAUGGGCAUGCUUGAUAAGGUUCCUAUCUUCAAAGGUUGUGACGAACCCAUUGUUAGGAACCCUGGCAAACUGAAUGCAGCAAGUUUUCACGGGAGUGACGGUUUAGGAGAUGUCCCCGAUGCUGAGCCACGGGCCGAUGAAAAUCUGUUGAAACUUGUACAGGAAGAAAAUGCUGUGAAUGCAAUUUUACGGUUAUCAAAAAUACAUCGAGGGGAAUUGCAGAUUCUUGCCAUCGGUGCAUUGACAAACAUUGCUAUCGCAACAAAAGUUGACACGGAUCUUCCAAAACGAGUAAAAAGUAUUCACAUCCUUGGUGGAACAAUUCCAGGCAAAGGAAACUUUACACCUGCAUCGGAGUACAACUUCUACACAGAUCCUGAAGCAGCACAUAUUGUAUUGAACAAUUUUUCACCUCAUUGCAAAGUCCAACUCGUGACAGCCGAACUUGUCACGAACCACCCGCUCUCCGUUGAUUGGUUUGAUGAACUUCUGACAGGCGACGAGCCAAAGAGACAAUUUUACCGCGAGAUAUUUAAGAAAAGACAAAACGAACACCUGGAACGUAUCAAGGCUGGGUUUUACAGUGGGUAUCUGAUAUGGGAUACCUAUUCAAUGGGUAUUGUUCUAGACCCCACGUGUGUGAUUGGGUCCACGAAAGUCCGUGUUGGAGUUGAAUUAGGAGGUAACAUUUCCAGGGGAUCUCUGAUUGUCGAUUACAACGAUAUUGGGGGCCAACAGUACACCCUCAACGAAAUCGAACUCAUAGAAAAAUUAGACAUGGAAAAAUAUAAAAAAUUGAUGGCAAAUGCAUUCCCUUCAAUUUGACGCCAAAUAGGCUAAUCAUCACUAUGUUUGGCAAUUCAAUUUUUAUUAUUUUAAUAUGCUAUAUAUAUAUAUAUCAUAAAUAUAUAUCAUAUAUACUUAAUCGAUUAGCGAAUAAUAUUAAAAACGUGAUAUCUAAUAUAUAUACAGAAUACAAUCUUAUAACUAUUAUCUUAACUAACUUAUUAACAUUGAAAGAUAUUUACGCUUUAUAUACUUUAUCGAGUAGUGGAUAAUAUUAAAAAUGUGAUAUCGUUGUAAACAGAAACUCCUUUUAUCUUAAAAUACGGGUAGUUAUGUACGUCGUACGGAUGGAAACUUACAUAUAAUUAUUUCAAUCAGUGCCUAAAUGUCUUGAGGAAAUAAUUUUUAAUUUGAUAAUGACAGGACACAACAUGUUAUGUUCUUAAAA